AUAGAAGAUGUUCACAUGAAAGCAUCACUGAACCAAUAAUAAAAUAAAAAAUAUAACGCUGUGAUUUCAUGCUUAAAAUAGUAUAAAUAGUGACAAACACAUUGACAACUGAGUGAACUGUCCGAAUUCGACAUUGUAUGAGUGCGAAUGAUCAGCCAUUUCAAAACAAAGCCUCAGAAAUAUCGUUUCUCAUGAAACUUAUAAUGAAUUUCUUGUUUUUUAGAUCAGAGAAAUAUUUUGCGAUGAAAUUGUGUUUCAAAUUUUAUUUCAGAGCACUUCUUUUCGUCAUCGUUUUAAUACUGUCCCUCAAAUACUGCAUAAACUGGAGAAUUGAACAAAUAUUCCUUGCAAUAUUGCUUUUACUAUGGUCGUCAGAAGUCUGCUUGGUAGACUGCAAAGUCAUUUGUUUAAAAUGUUCAUAUUUAUUCAUGUUCACUAUUCUGGAAGAUUUACUGAUGAUUAUUAUAUUCUUCAUGAGAAGAAGAUUGAAAAUAAUUGUGGCUAUCGUACUGGCGGUUUUAUCGAUAAUUUGUGCGGUAUUUUUGGUGGUUUUGACGUUCAUACCUUGGUAUGAGGACCUGUGCAAAAUGAUGGCUGGCGGCUUUCUCAAUACCUCCAUGUGUUUGAUGAUAGUGGUUGCUGCGAACCAGCUCAAAUCAGUUUGAGAUCAUACAUCCACGUGAAAAAGUGUAUUGGUAACUUGCUUGCCUGAUGUGUGAUUUCUGAUAACUCAAGCAACAUUUUUCUAAUAUAUAAAUGAAGGAUUUUGAAAUGGCAGGUAUUCAAUAAAUAAAACUCUUUAUGCAAUGAAUACACUUUUAUUUGUGUGAAAGCAUUAGUAUUUUUUGAGAUAUAAGUUGUGUCAUAGCAAUUGUUUCGUGGAUCUCCAUGAUUCAUAAAUGCCAGUUCACUUGUUCAUAAAUCAAUAUACUGACAUCAACACUUUAUGUUCAAUGUGCUUUACUGUAAAACAGUAGAUCAUGAUUGCAUGGGAUGCAAUAGCUGUCAGUUCUGUUGGAACGUCUGCCUUGAUUACCAUUUCGUCCGUCUUUGCGCAUGAAUUAUCGGGUUUAUGUGACACUAGACGAAUAUCAUAUGCAAAUUCCAGAUAUUUUAGAACCCCAAUAUCGGUUCAGAGUAUUAUUUUUUUCACUCGCAUGACACUCCGUCAUAUAAUCCAAUACAAUACAACUAAAAAUAUCAUCACAAAUAAAUAGGCUUCUCUUAAUUCUGUUUUCUUUUCCAAGACUUCAAUGAGUUCUUUUUUGUUAAUCCCCUGAAAUGU